CCCUCGCCAAGGCCCAAGUGCGGGAGUGCCAGUCUCUCCAUUCUCCGUGUUUUCUUCCCCGUUUCCAUUCGUGUUGACCAACGUUCCCGUUUCCGAAAUCCAGAUCUUCGUCGUCGCCUCACGCCGCCGUUGAGAGCUUGGGCAGCCGGACUCCGGCACCGGCAGGCACGCACGCCUUUCCGGUUCCCACAGCCAGCUUCCACCUCCCAUCCAGGUUACCCUGUUCAAGGCCAGCUUCGACCUCCAGCUUCCACACGGCUGCGUGCACUCUCUUGGAUCCCCAUUCCGUGUGGCACAAUCAAGCGUUGAUUUCUUGGCGAAGCGAUCAAGGGAGACGAGAGGAUGGCGAACCCGGCGGCGGCCAGCCUCACCGACGACCUCAUCGUGGAGAUCCUCUCGCGGCUGCCCGUCAAGUCGCUCUGCCGCUGCAAGUGCGUCUCCCCGCACUGGCGCGGCCUCAUCUCCCACCCCGACCACCGCCACCGGCUCCCCCAGACCCUCGCCGGCUUCUUUCUCAACGCGUCUAACCGCGGGCGCCAAGCACGGCGAUUCAUCAAUCUCAGUGAGGCAAGCCGGCCUCCCCUGAUCCGUUACCCCUUUUCCUUCAUGCCCGGGUAUGAGGAUGUCACCAUUGUGGAUUCCUGCAAUGGUCUCCUUCUCUGCCGUGCCUCCAGGACAGAGAGCUCUUCGCCUGAUGCGGUGUUCUGCCACGUCGUGUGCAACCCAGCUACUAGGAGCUGGCAUGUCUUGCCAAACUCCAGCUCUGGUUGUGUUGAUAAUAACAACGAGCUGCGGCCCGCCCGUUUGGGUUUUGAUCCCGCAGUUUCCCCGAACUUUCAUGUGUUUGAGUUUGUCCACAGUGAGCAGGGGUAUGGGUGCGUGGCAGGGGUGGAGAUCUAUUCGUCAGAAACUGGAGCAUGGAGUUACUCGGAGAGUGAGUGGGAAGAAGAAACACACUUAUUGGAAGGUUCACCGAGUGUCUUCUUCGAUGGCCUUCUGCAUUUCAUCACCAUUGAUUUUACGGUAGUCGCCGUAAACGUGAAGGGCGAAUCAUGGUGGGAGAAGGCUGUGCCAGAAGAUAGUUAUGAUCUUCAAAACUGGGAUUUCUGCGAGGCCUGGGAGCCUUGUUUUAUUGGUCGAUACAAAGGGAACUUGUGUUACAUAAAUGAGUUUUAUUCCGAUACUGAUGUAUCAAUCUGGGUUCUUGAGGACUAUGCCGCAGAUGAAUGGAUCCUAAAGCAUCGAGUGAGCAUUCAACGGUUGACUAAAAACAUAGCUACUCCAGCCGAAAGCAAGUGCUACAAUUUCAUCACAGUUCAUCCACACUGCAAUUGGUUUCUCUAUGUUACUGGUUCUGACAAGAUACUAAUGGCAUAUGACAUGGAUCGUGACGAAGUGCAUGUUAUACAAAAUCUUGGGUUAGACUGUAUCCUGCAAUGCAUCCCAUAUGUUCCUUUCUAUGGGAACUGAUUGACACAUGGGCACUGACUAGGUCACUUCAUAGUAUCUCCUUUCUAGCAAUCCUGUUCAAUUACUGGAGAUUCCAUAUAUAUGUUAUAUGGUCAAGCAAUCCUGUUCAAUUAUUGGAGAUUCAAACAUAGAUAUGUCGCAUCGUGUAGCAAUCCUGUUCAUAGCGGGAGAUUCCAUGUAUUCUUUCUGUUAUUCAGCUCAUAAUAUUAAGAGCUUAAAUUUGUUGCAUUGUAGGAAGCAUAACCAUGUUGUAUGUGGGAUAUUUGCUUCGGAUCAUAUGGGGUAUCGCGUGUGAUAUGAGUAUGACAACCAACAGCAUAGAAGACUUAUCAGGGUGUCAUAGUUUGCUUUUAGUAUCAUUACUAGAUUGUUAUGUUCAUGUGAAUAAUAAAUCUAAAAGAUCAUUUAAUUACUUUGUAUGCUUAUCCGAAGUUACUUUUGUUACAUGGAAACAAUGUUUGUUUCUUUUAUGGAAUAA